GCGAUGCUAUAGAUACAUUGUUCUAUUAUUACUGUAACAUUGUAACAAAAUAGAAAACAAAGUAAACUUUAUGUGACGAUUUCCAUGAUACAGCGGACGGACAUCAUCCUGUGGCUGCGGACUGUACACAUCACGUGCCGACACCUCGUACAUCAGCCCCCCCCGGGACGUCCUAUUGUGUGAAUACAGCCCAGUGGUCACUGGUGUCCAGUCAGACUUGUGCUACUACGGCAACUACAAUAGGGUAACCACAACAAGCUGCAGCAAACUGACCACUAAUUACAGGUCUGGACACCGUAUAUAAGGAGCAGCUGAGACGUGUCUGCAGUUACCUGUAACCUCCGCCGCCUCACAGCCAUGGCCGCCUACACAAGCCUCCUCCUGGUCGCUGCUCUCUGCACUGGUGCAGUUUACUCCUUGACCUGUUACACGUGCGCAUCUCAGAGCAGCAACAGCAACUGCAUGACGGCGACCAACUGCAGCGCCACGGACACCAGCUGCAUGACCUCCGUGGUGUCCGGCGGAAUCGGGAGUCUCUCUAUCGCCUCCAUUACUAAGACUUGUACCGCAGUCUGUAAUGAAACCGGAAUUAACGCUGUUGUGGUCUCAACAAAAGUGUCCUGCUGCAACACCGACCUGUGCAACACCAGCGGAACCAGCAGCAUCAAGGCCACCUACACCGUCCUCGCCGCAGCCCUGGCCGCCAUCGGGGUUCUCCUCAGAAGCUCCUCCAUGUGAUUUUCAGAUUUUAUAAAAAAAAAAACUAAAUCUAGCUUGUAAUAAAAGGCUACAGAGACCAAAGAAUGGAGGACCUGAUCUGUGUCGCCGCUCCAGAUGUUGCUCGUUUUACUAAAGUAUGGAGCCCCUGGGAGCUGUUUCGCACUUCUGCCGAAUUCCGGGAAGCGUGUCUGUAGCAAGUGUCUGUAUAAGGUUCCCUCCUUUCCUCCCCUUCUUUCUCCCUUGUCGUCUCUCUCUCUCUUGUCCGUGUCUUGUUUUUUCGUCCCUUGUAAUUGUUGAAUUUUUUCUUUUUGCUACCACUCCUCUUUUGCGGUUAUUACUGUUAUUGGGACCGGC